AUGGCAAACAAUCUAGAGCAUCCCCAAACCCCCUUUAUCCAUAGCGCUGGCAAGCCCUCAGAGUGGAAGAAGAAGGAGCAAGUGCGUCGCCAACAUCAACAUGCUGCUAGUGUGGCACAUCAACGUGGACAGAGGAAAAGAUUGCCACGGUCGCAAACUCGCCUCGUCCCCACGGACCACUCUCCCCUCUCGACGACUCCAGUGCCUCGAGCAGAUCUCAGUGGGAGCCGGUUCGAUCCCUUCGAUGUCUUUUUUGUGAACAAUCUAUCUACGUAUGCGCAGGAGAUGUUUCAAUCCGCCAUUAUCGAUCAAUGGCCGUGCUUUGCGUUGUCAAGCAGAAAACAAGACAUCGACAGAUGGCGGUCCGUCACGGUAAAAUAUGCGCUUGAAUCCCCCUACCUGGUGCCGGCAAUCACCUACGCGGGGUCUUCCUAUCGCUAUUUCUUCGGCACUCAAGACUCAGUUGCAAAAUUCCAUCGCAUCAAUUUCUACCAUGAAACUUUGAGACAACUUCGAGAGGCAAUGCUCCAGCCAAACGCGCAACAUGGGGAUGCCAUGCUCCUCGCAAUUGCCAUACUAACCAUUCACGGCCCUCCUAACGACCUGCAAGGUCGCACUCUGGUAGGCUCACAGCAGUUGAGAGACUACGAGUAUUAUGGCAGCAAAGUCUGGGAACCGACUCAUUUCCAAGCACUAUUCUCCCUGGUGAAACAAAGAGGUGGAUUGCACAAACUCGGCAUUGACUCCUUAGCCGGCAUCAUCAUGACGAUUGACAUUGUUGAUUCGCUCUCGGUCCUCAGAGUACCUGCUUUCCCGCUCUUCUUCCCUCCAAGCCCCGUACUGGAGGCUCUUCGCCAGUGCCGCAAACCAGACAAGAGCAAUUCAUGCCAGGGAUUUCGCUUCUUAAGGGGCAGACACCUUGGCCGACGGCUCCUAACCAUGAUCGAGGACGUUGAUGCCUUACUUGAUGCUUACGACACUUUUCUGAAGGGCUCUGGUCCUAGCAUAGAUUUUGGGCAACUAGUCGCGGCGUGGCGCAUCUUGCAGCACCAGGCACUGUCGUUGCCGAGUGGCGAGGAUCUCCUGUUCAAUCUCUGUCGGGUUGCUGUCAUAGUCUUUCUAGUCGAGUGCCUCGAACCCUUGCCCGUUGUUGGCGCCUUCCACCAAAAUGGUUCGCGACGGCUGAUGCUGUUACUUGACGAGUGUGAUAAGCGGGAUUAUUGGCAGACGUCCCCUGACACAAUGCUCUGGGCAACAAUUGUCGGUGGCUUCGUCAGCCGCGAGACAUCGCUUCGCUUGUGGUACAUCGAACAGCUUCGCGGAAGUGCCAUAUCGACUAGUGAAGAGGAUUGGGAGAAGGUUUUACACUUGUCGGAGACCUAUCUUCCAUUCAGACACCGGCAAGCGCAAGGAUGCCAACAAUUCUGGAGGGAAGGGUGCAGUUGGCUGGCUAUUGCUAAUCCCUACAAGAGAAGAAGCUAG